ACACACACACACAAGACACACACUCUUGGAGAGAGCGCGCAAGGUGUAGAGAGGAGAGAGAGUGAACAGGGAGCGGGGCUUUUGUCUGUUGGUGUCACUGGACUGAAGAAAGGGAGAGUAGAAGCCCGAGACGGUUAAGAUUCUCAAAAUGGUUUACUACCCGGGGCUCUUGGUCUGGGUCAGCCAGGAACCAUUCCCAUACAAGGAGAUGGAGGGAGGUCUUACUAAGGGAAGACUUCCUGUGCCAAAGGAAGUGAACCGCAAGAAGAUGAAUAAAACCUGCGCUGCCUCCCUGACUCCACCGGGCAGCCAUGAACCCUACUUCCCAAACAUCGAUUACCUCCACUCUUUUUAAUCAUUACACCUCCAUUUGUAUUGCAUAUGGUGUAUGGGGUUUUGAUGAGGUCUUGGUAUCAUAUAUGGGAUUUUUUUUUUCUGUGUAAAUCAUCAAAUAUAAGAAGAAACUAUGGGACUCUAAGCCUUGCUUUAGAGACUUUACAGUGGACAAAUAGGUAUCAUCAAACCAGUUUUUAAUCAUUCUGACUCAAGUGAAAAUGCUCAGAAUUUCACACUGUGAAUCCACGUUUACAACCCCUACAGGUGGGCCUUCAGGCCUGGUUCGCUACAACAAUGUCUCCCACAACUCAAACUCCCACUGCUCGCACAUGACCGGUCCACUCCUGCCUUUCAUCACACAGCUCCCGACUGCUUCGUGCAGAGGCUGAGAGUCCCCUCCACUUUUUUUUUUCUCAUUUUAGAUGUAACAAGCCUAGUAGUUUAUGUUCAUCGAUUGUCUGUAUAUCUCUAUAUUUUAUCCAUGUACUCUUUUGAUGUAUAGAAGUAGUUCGAAACUCAUCGUUUCCUUGUGGUAAGUGACUGAGAUGCUGCCACAGGACCUGAGACACUGAUGAUUGGUGCUAUUUUGGACUUUCAACAUGCUCCUUGGCGAGGUAGCUCUGAUGGAGUUAUUUUUAUUUCCAUGUUCUAAGCAGGUGUUGGUACUCUGUUUCCCCGGACGUUGUUCUCCAGACCGGAUUGACUUGUUUUCCCUGUGUCUUCAGUGUGGCUUUCUUCUUCAGCGUUUGUAGGUUGAGUGGGUGCUACCAAGAGCGCGAGAGGCUGUCCUCUUGUGCCUGGAUUAGCAGUCACGGGUAGCGGGAGCAAUCACAAAACUGUAAUCUACCUUCCAGAACUCUUCCUUCCUGCAGCCUCACCUGCCUGACUCCGAAAAAGAAAAGCAAUAAUUUUCCAGGCAUUUUUGAGGUGUCUCUUGGGAUUCUUUUUGUUUGACUGGAGAUUGGGGGGGG